CGCACAGAGGAGACCCGAGAGAGCAGAGUCAGCUCCCGGCGUUCGCCUUGCGCACUGGCCAUGGCGAUGCAUUUCACCUUCUCACAGGAGGUGGUGCUGCUCUUCGAUUUCUGGAAUGUUCACAGUCCUGCAGGCAUGGCCCUUUCGGUGUUGGUAGUCCUGCUCCUGGCCAUCUUGUAUGAAGGCAUAAAGGUUGGCAAAGCCAAGCUGCUCUACCAGGCACUGGCGAGCCUGUCUACCCCUCUGAAUCAGCAGCUCAUCCUGGAGACAGACCGGGAUUCAGCAGGCUCAGAUGUACCUCCAGUCGGCAGAACUCGCCUCAGGUGGUUUUUGUGCCACUUUGGCCAGUCUCUAGUCCAUAUCAUUCAGGUGGUCAUUGGCUACUUCAUGAUGCUGGCAGUCAUGUCCUAUAACACUUGGAUCUUCCUUGGCGUGGUGCUGGGCUCCGCUGUGGGCUAUUACAUCGCCUACCCGCUUCUCGGCAUGGUAUAACUGGCAAGAGAUGGAUGAGCACUAAGCACUGGAAGGAGCUCAGGUUCCCCUCUUCUUCUGGUCGCUGCGCCUUACCUUGUUCUCAGCUCUUGGAAACAAAGCGAAAGCUGCACUUGCUCCCUAGCCACUACACGUAUCUCCCUCCUGACAGCCUGCACAGGCUCAGGCCUCAUCUUGUGCCUUAGGAAGGCUGAUGUGACCACAGGGAGAAUGGAGAAAACAGAACCCAGGGGAAGGGCUGUUGAACCGAUGACUGUGCAUCUGUGUGACUUAAGACUGCAUUUCCAAAGAUCUUGAAAGCAGGAGAUGGGUUAUGGGUGCAGGGCCUGACACCUGCAGGCCAUCUCCUCCUGCUUUGUGCCUUAUCUAAAGGAACGUCUUCCACUGGACUUCUUCUGUCAUUAGGGGACAGAAACCAAGCCAGCUCCUUUUUCUCACUUUUCUGCCUUCAGAACACAUGAAUAUUGUCUCUUCUGUGGCCCAUGCUGACAAAUCAAGAUUCCUCAUUUUCCUCAUUGAAUUUCUGGCUAGCAAUUUUGCACAGACAUGUAAAACUUUUAAUGAAGUUAUUUUAUUUUGCUCUUGAUGGACGACAGCAUCUGCUGAAACCUUCAAGGGCAGCGGUGGGGGAUCAGUGGCAGCUGACUGAAAGCAGAGAUGCAGGGCUGUUAUCGAGGCUCCUGGCAUCAGACAGCAGUGCCCGCAGGAGGAACAGUCUGAUGGCCAUGGGUCUGGGAAGCUCUUUAGGACCUUACAUCUCCUCCCUUAUGCAGAACAGAGAACUGA